AGCGCUCCGCCGUCAGUAUAUAAGCCCUCCCUGCCGGCUGCCUUGGAGGCUUCCUUUCAGGUUGUGUUUGGUGUGAGUGAUGAUGAUGUGGAGGUGGCAGAUGGUGGCUCUUUACUUGGUGCUGACAUGGGUGUUGUGUGGCUCGGCCCGAGCUCAGCUGCUUUAUGGUUACUCCUUUCGAGAGGAGGAUGAUCCUAGCUUGUUUGACCCUCCCAGUGACCCCAGCCCUGGUGUGGGGGCUGGAGAUGAUGAGGGCCCUUAUUUUGGUUAUGCUGACCCGGAAACUGGUGGUUCUGAGCCGGCUGUCCUGACUGUGGAUGAUGAUGCUUCUCCACUGGAGGACCAGGCAGUGGAGGCUUGGGAUGAGGCACUUGGGGCAGACUGGAGAAGUGAGGGGCAGGGGGACCUGGUGUUUAGUGAGGAAGACCAGGGCCUUGAUAAAGAGGAGGGUGGCUAUGAGGAAGAGGACCUAAGCCUGCGAUGGACACCACCUGUCCCUGACCAGCAUGAAGACCUUCCUGAGGCGGGCUGGGAGGCUGAUGUGGCCACCACCACCAGCCCAGCCCCUGAGUCACCUGUGGCCUCUCAAAGUGGCAAUUCCUCUGCGGAGGGGGCUGCUGCCACCGACGCCUUCGUGCGGGACUCCUACCAGAAAGACCCGAGCGAGGAGUCCGACCCGCCCCAGCCCGCGGCCAGGGCGCGGCCCGCCCGGCGGCCGGAGAUCGCCUGCGGCAAGAAGAGCAUGAUGAUCAAGUUCUCCCUGGCGCUGUACAGCCGGAUCUUCCUGCAGAGAGCAAAAAUGGCCCUGCUCCCAGUUGCCCGGCUGCCCAAGUUCUGCAAGCACAGGGUCAUCCAGAGUCAGUCCAGGCUUUUGCUGGUGGCCUCCUAUGAUGGCUGCUAUGUUUGGGAUUGGACCAAGCAGAACCAGCGCUUCAUGGCUCUGACCAUCCAGUACUACGACAAGCUCCUGGGGAGGCAGGUGGUUGCCACGGUGUCCUGCCCUGUGGACGCCCCCCUCGACACCCAGCCCUCCGGUGGCCUGUCCAUCUCCUGCAGUGACGUGUGCAUGACCGUACAGCUCCCUCCAGGGCCCCUGGCUGAGGUCCACAUCCUGGACUCUUCCAAGACCCUGGUCCCCGUGCUGCAGACCCCCAGGACCUGUGGGUACUCGCUGGUGAAAGGCGAGGGGAAGAACAUCCUGACUAUCCCCUACACUGCUUGCGAUGUCAAGAUUGUGGGGAGGAGGUACACCAUACAGGUGGCUUAUACGAGUGGCGGCCAGAGGGCGGAGAUCCAGGUGUCCUGCCCUUACCGCCGGCUGAAGCCCAAACAAGGAUGCCACAUUCCCAGGAGUCAGCAGGUGUCCUGUGGUCCCAGGAGGAUGGGCUCCAGCCAGUGUCUGGCCAAGGGCUGCUGUGUGGACCCCGAAACCGCUCACUGCUACUACCCCCUAGAAGAGUGCACCUCGGACCGGCACUUUGUCUUCGCUGUGCAUCGCACCGUCACUGUGCCCCAUGUGGACCCUGCCAGCCUGGUGAUCUCUGGCAACAAAUCCUGCGCCCCUGUGAUCUGCACCCCGGACUUCGCCGUCUUCAAGUUCCCGGUCACUGGCUGCGGCACUCAUGCCUUUGUGGUGGGGGAGACCACAAUCUACCUGGCGGAGGUGAUGGCCAUGGCCAGGCGCAACAGCCUGAACUACGGGGUCAUCACCAGGGACAGCCCCUUCAGGCUGCUGGUGGAGUGCCGCUAUGCGGAGGGGAACCUGGCCAGCACUGGCUACCUGGUGAAGAGCCCCUACCUGCCCAGUGCGAUCCUGUCCCAGGGGGUGUUCGGGGUGCAGCUCAGGAUUGCCACCGAUGAGCACUACUCCCGGUUCUACCCCCAGUACCACCGGCCCCUGCGGCUCCUGCUGGGGAGCCCCGUCUACCUGGAGGUGCGCCUGCUGAACGCCCCGGACCCCAGCCUGGUCCUGCUGGUGCACUACUGCAUCGCCUACCCCCGCUCGGCGCAGGCCGCCUGGGUGCUGCUCUACGAGGGGUGCCCCAACCCCCUGGACUACGGCCAGACGUCCACCCUGCACAUCAACGACAAGGUGCCCCUGCCCAAGCACCACCGGCGCUUCGAGAUCCGCACCUUCCAGUUCAUGGAACGCACGGCGCACCGCUACCUCGACGAGGAGAUCUACUUCAUGUGCUCCACGGAGGUCUGCUCCCCGAAAGUGAGGAAGUGUGUGGAGGGGUGCUUUGAUGGGCGCAAAAUCCCAGUGAUUCCCGAUCCCAACCUGGACAAGCGCUGUGGCAGGAAGCCCUGCCCAGUGAACUCGAAGAGCUCGGAGCUUCCAGCACAGUGAGGGGCUGCUGCAUGACAUCACUCUCUGGGAUCAUGUCUGGGGGGCCUCAAGUUUCAAUGCUGUUAAAUAAAAGUUAAAUAGACUCUC